AUGAGUUUCACUCUGUACCCUCUCUCUCUAGCUCAUCUCUCACCAAUACUCUGUCACAUUGCUGUUGCGGUCUUUGACAGCAAGAACAGAACAUGGUCUUCAGGUCAGCAUUACUGCAGGAAGAAAUACACUGACUUAGCCUUCAUUGAGAAUCAUUCAGAUAUUGAUGAGUUCCUUAUGGUGAACUCCAGUUUCUUUGGUCCUGUCUGGAUUGGGUUAAGACGUAACGUUAGCUGUGGUGAAAACUGGCAGUGGUCAAAUGGGGAGAAGUUCCAGUUUGAAAAGUGGAGACAAAGGGAGUGCGAGAGUGUGGAUGAGCAGGGAUACUGGACAAGGGCUUCCUGCUCAGAGAAAAAGUCAUUCAUCUGCCAAAGUUAGUAACUUUAUCCACUCUUACAUUGUCCACUCUCUUACAUUGUUUCAUGCUUCUUUAAACAUCAAUUAUAACACAAAUCAUGUUGUAAAAUUGCUAAACAGGAAGUAAAAAGUUAUGUAUUUAAUAAAAGGUAAGGGUAAUAUCAGACAAUAUACACAUAUUCGUGAGAUGUAAAGGUGUGUAUACAGUGUUGGAGGAGAUAAUGUUUGUCUGAACCCUUGUCUAUGUGUAAACUUUUAUGUCACAGGUGGCUUUGAUUGGUCCAAUCUGUCAUUGAUGAAUAGGCCUUCUACUUGGUCUGAAGCCCAAAGUCACUGUAGGGCAAAAUGUUCCAAACUGGUGGAGAUUGAAAGCUUUGCAGAACUCAAAUCACUCAACAAUACAAUGAAAGGGCGAUCCAUUUGAAUCGAACACUACCGUGACACCUGGGAAUGGGCUGAUGGGAAAACCUCUGGAUUCCGGUACUGGAAUGAUCCGGAGCCCAACGAUGGAAAUUCUGGACCAUUCUGUGCUGAAGUUUAUCUGAAUGGAUCUCAUUAUCCUGAAAAGAGAAGGAACGAUGGAGACUGCAUGUCACAAACAUAUUUUAAUUGUGUUGCUGGUAAAUAACUUUUGAAAGUAAUCUUUUAAAAUGAUUACCUACCUUUCAUUUCAGAUAAUUUUUUACAAAUAUAUUGCUCCAGACGCCUCAAUUGAUAAUAGACAGUACCAAAAGGUUGUGCAUUCAUAUCUGACAUAAUAUACAGUCAAGUCCAAAAAUGAUUGGCACCCUUUAGAAAGAUAAUAAAUAAUGAGCUAAAUUUAUAUUACAGUGGGGAAAAAAAGUAUUUAGCCAGCCACCAAUUGUGCAAGCUCUCCCACUUAAAAAGAUGAGAGAGGCCUGUAAUUUUCAUCAUAGGUACACGUCAACUAUGACAGACAAAAUGAGAAAAAAAAAUCCAGAAAAUCACAUUGUAGGAUUUUUUAUGAAUUUAUUUGCUAAUUAUGGUAGAAAAUAAGUAUUUGGUCAAUAACAAAAGUUUCUCAAUAAUUUGUUAUAUACCCUUUGUUGGCAAUGACACAGGUCAAACGUUUUCUGUAAGUCUUCACAAGGUUUUCACAAACUGUUGCUGGUAUUUUGGCCCAUUCCUCCAUGCAGAUCUCCUCUAGAGCAGUGAUGUUUUGGGACUUUCAACUCCCUCCAAAGAUUUGGAGACUGGCUAGGCCACUCCAGGACCUUGAAAUGCUUCUUACGAAGCCACUCCUUCGUUGCCCGGGCGGUGUGAUUGGGAUCAUUGUCAUGCUGAAAGACCCAGCCACGUUUCAUCUUCAAUGCCCUUGCUGAUGGAAGGAGGUUUUCACUCAAAAUCUCACGAUACAUGGCCCCAUUCAUUCUUUCCUUUACACGGAUCAGUCGUCCUGGUCCCUUUGCAGAAAAACAGCCCCAAAGCAUGAUGUUUCCACCCCCAUGCUUCACAGUAGGUAUGGUGUUCUUUGGAUGCAACUCAGCAUUCUUUGUCCUCCAAACACGACGAGUUGAGUUUUUACCAAAAAGUUAUAUUUUGGUUUCAUCUGACCAUAUGACAUUCUCCCAAUCCUCUUCUGGAUCAUCCAAAUGCACUCUAGCAAACUUCAGACGGGCCUGGACAUGUACUGGCUUAAGCAGGGGGACACGUCUGGCACUGCAGAGGAGUCCCUGGCGGCGUAGUGUGUUACUGAUGGUAGGCUUUGUUACUUUGGUCCCAGCUCUCUGCAGGUCAUUCACUAUGUCCCCCCGUGUGGUUCUGGGAUUUUUGCUCACCGUUCUUGUGAUCAUUUUGACCCCACGGGGUGAGAUCUUGCGUGGAGCCCCAGAUCGAGGGAGAUUAUCAGUGGUCUUGUAUGUCUUCCAUUUCCUAAUAAUUGCUCCCACAGUUGAUUUCUUCAAACCAAGCUGCUUACCUAUUGCAGAUUCAGUCUUCCCAGCCUGGUGCAGGUCUACAAUUUUGUUUCUGGUGUCCUUUGACAGCUCUUUGGUCUUGGCCAUAGUGGAGUUUGGAGUGUGACUGUUUGAGGUUGUGGACAGGUGUAUUUUAUACUGAUAACAAGUUCAAACAGGUGCCAUUAAUACAGGUAACGAGUGGAGGACAGAGGAGCCUCUUAAAGAAGAUGUUACAGGUCUGUGAGAGCCAGAAAUCUUGCUUGUUUGUAGGUGACCAAAUACUUAUUUUCCACCAUAAUUUGCAAAUAAAUUCAUGAAAAAUCCUACAAUGUGAUUUUCUGGAGAAAAAAAUUCUCAAUUUGUCUGUCAUACUUGACGUGUACCUAUGAUGAAAAUUACAGGCCUCUCAUCUUUUUAAGUGGGAGAUAUUGCACAAUUGGUGGCUGACUAAAUACUUUUUUUCCCCACUGUAUAUUGUAUACAAUAUAGCUCAGUAUUUUUAUUAUUUAUUUUAUACAGUCCUUUUUGCUCAUCUUUAUCAAGGGUGCCAAUCAUUUUGGACCUCACAGUAGCUAUGUGUUCGGCUAAAUACUACAGUAUCAUAGACCACUGCCAAAAAAAAUCAUAUUUCUGUUUUUCAGCAGAUGGCUGUUACAAUCUCAGUAGUACUACAAAGACAUGGGAAGAUGCCAAAGGCUUCUGCACUUUAGUCACUGUAAACAACAGAUCUCACAUGGAUGACCUUUUCAACAACGUAAAAGGCUCUGGUAUGGAUUCAGCUUGGAUUGGCUUGAGGAACAGGACUCAGGGUAAGAGUGGAGCGCGCUCCAGGAAAUGGACAGGAGGGCCUGUGUGUGUCAGCAUGGACCGCAAUUGAACAUGGGAAGAGAGAGACUGUGGGGAAAAUCUAAUCUUCAUAUGUUAUAACAAAGGUAACAAAUGCUGAGAUAAUUCCAUAUGUACUGUAUGUGUUUGGUGAAACAUUUAAGUGAAUCUGCCUUAGAGAGGGGGAUGGGGGGACAAAACGUUUUUAUUUGUGUAACAGUGUUGCUUCCAUCCAAUGCAGUCUAUAGAUUUUAACCUUCAAUUUCUCUGAGUCAAAACCUCCACAACAGACAACAACCAUUGCAGAUCUCCACAACCCUUCAUUGGUUGAAGAGAAAAAGAACUGGACAGAGGCUUUUAAGCACUGUCAUCUCAGCCACACAGACCUAGCCAGCGUGAUGAGUGACGCAUACAACGAGAAGAUACUGGAGAAGCUGAGGAAUACCAGUGAAGUUGCAGUGUGGAUCGGCCUACACCAUCAACCAUGGAGACGGUCAGACCUCCAGCCACUGUCCUCCAACCUGACUCGAGAGCUACUGACCACUGAAAGUGAGUUACUGGACAAAAUGGGGCAGUCGAUUCAACAUGGGUGUCAUUCC